UAUGAUUUGAGUAUAAGCCAGUUUCUAUCUCACUGUUUUAUAUCGGAUGAGUAAAAUUGGCUGUCAGUCAUUAAAAUUAACACAAUACUGUUCCAUUUAGCGUAUUUUUUAAACGUACUUGCUUGUAUGUAAUGACGACCAUCUUAAAUUAUUAUUAUUAAUUCCUUCCCACAAGCAUUGGCUUACAAAAUUAUUUAAUAUAUUGUUUAUGAUGGUGGUUCCAUCCAAAAAUAUCACGCAGAUUUGUGCUAGUAAUCUGGAUCAACUUGGAUGAAAGAUAAUUUAAUCAUUACAUACUUUUGCAACAGCGGCGAGUGUGUGAGAUAACGUGUUGGUGUUUGUGUAUGAGAAAGGCUGACAUCAGGCGUUAGCUGUCCAGCGAUGUCCCCAGCACAUCAAUCUAGUUAACGGAUGGAAGCAUACCAAUUACAAUUACAAUAUCACCCCCAACGGCGUGGAAUACAGCAUCAGCACGCCCAUCGGUACUUUGGCCCAUCUCAUGGAAGAGGAUCACACGCGGGCGGAAUCGUUAACUGGACCAGAUGAGGCGACUACGUCUACUGGGGGUGGGACCUCCCGAUUUUCAUGCUUUCGCGGCUGCAGUGACAUUAUCGCGUAUUUAGUAAGUCUGCGCAGUACGCCGGAAGAACUGCAGCAGCGGUACAACUCAAAAGAGAUUGACAAGUUUUUGGAGAAGGAAAAACACACAUUUCGCAGACAGGUGAAGCUGCUGCUUCUAGGCGCUGGGGAAUCUGGCAAGUCAACUUUCCUUAAACAAAUGCGAAUCAUCCAUGGUGUAAAUUUCGAUUAUGAACUGCUGCGCGAAUAUCAAAAUGUGAUAUACCAAAACGUUGUAAGAGGUAUGCAAGUAUUGUUGGACGCUCGGGAAAAACUGGAUAUAGCUUGGGGAACCGACGGCAGAGAACAGGAUGCUAACGAAGCAAAGUUAAUGGAAUGUAAGGUAUUAGAGUCGCCCAGGUUUAUUGAAUUAGCUCCACAAAUUCGACGCUUGUGGCAAGAUCGUGGAAUAAGAAGAGCUUUUGAAAGAAGACGCGAGUUUCAAAUCAGCGAUUCGGUUAGCUACUUUCUAGACGAAAUAGAGCGGCUGGCUAAACCGGAUUAUGUGCCAACACAUAAGGACAUUUUGCAUUGCCGUAAGGCAACCAAAGGGGUUUAUGAGUUUUGUGUUAAAGUACAGAACAUUCCUUUUGUGUUUGUUGAUGUGGGUGGUCAGCGAACGCAGCGUCAAAAAUGGACUAAAUGUUUUGAUAGCUCUGUAACAUCAAUUAUAUUCCUUGUAUCAAGUUCGGAGUUUGAUCAAGUUCUUGCGGAAGACAGAAAAACGAAUCGUCUAGAAGAAUCAAAGAAUAUAUUCGAUACGAUUGUCAACAACAGCACAUUCAAAGGAAUAUCAAUUAUCUUAUUUUUGAACAAGACCGACUUGCUUGAACAGAAAGUUCGUAAUCCAGAGACUGAUAUUCGCUGGUAUUAUCCUCGAUUUAGUGGUAAUCCACAUUCAGUUUUUGAUGUUCAGAACUUCAUACUACAAAUGUUUAUAGGCGUUCAUCGCAGUGCCAGCAUAAGUAGAAUUUACCACCAUUUUACGACAGCCAUAGAUACGCGAAAUAUUAAUGUAGUGUUUAAUUCAGUAAAGGACACAAUACUGCAGCGUAAUUUAAACGCUCUUAUGCUUCAGUAGCUGUAAUUAAAUAAUAAAAACAUGAAUAUAUUGUUUAUGUAUUAUAUAUAUUCUUAAAAAGCGAA